CAGGAACUUCAGAUACGUCUAAGGGAAGAGCUCACCUUUAGAACUCUUGAGGGAAAGUAUGAAAACUAAUUAGGGUCCUUCUUGUUUUGGGGUCAAUCACUGCAAAGGGUCUUCAAGGAAGAUCAGGAUUUUUGCUUUAAUUUAUUAUGUAUUUUUCUUUUGUUUGAUGUCUUUUUAAAAAGCCGGAUAAUUGGAAUUAGAAAAUUAGUUCACGAAGAAGUUGACUGAAUGUUGCAAGCUUGCAAAAUGGAAGGAUUUCCCCUCAUUUCCCCUCCCUCUGAAGAUCUGAUACCUUAUGAAUCAGACAUCUACCGACCAUCCCAUGACAGUUACCAGUAUCUCAACAGUGAUGCAGAUAGUCACGGUGCAGGUGAAUUGCUUUUAUCUCCGUCAGAGCACUACUGGGAAUAUCACCCCCAUCACCUGCACACUGAGUUUGAGAACUUUGGAGACAACCACUUUGCAGAGCUCCAAAGCGUCCAGCCACCUCAGCUGCAGCAGCUCUACCGGCAUAUGGAGAUUGAACAGAUGCACGUCCUUGAUUCUGGGAUCCCCGUCACCCACCUUGGGCUCAACCAUAGCCACCAGGUUACCUUUGUGCCUCGCAUGUGUGUGUACCCCUCUCAUCAGCGCAGUUCUGAUGAAGAAGAUCUAGAGAGACAGAGCCCCCCAUUGGAAGUGUCAGAUGGGGAGACUGAUAUCGGGGAUCCCGUUCCUGGAAUGAUAAGUGGAGAAGCAGGCAGUAAGAAGAAAAUCCGACUUUACCAGUUUCUUCUUGACCUGCUUCGGAGCGGAGAUAUGAAGGAUAGCAUCUGGUGGGUGGAUAAGGAGAAAGGCACGUUCCAGUUCUCCUCCAAACACAAAGAGGCACUGGCUCAUCGCUGGGGCAUUCAGAAAGGCAACCGCAAGAAAAUGACCUACCAGAAGAUGGCACGGGCAUUGCGAAAUUAUGGGAAGACUGGGGAGGUCAAGAAAGUCAAGAAGAAGCUGACGUACCAGUUUAGUGGAGAGGUGAUGGGAAGGAGCAACAUUGAUAGAAAGCACUAUUCUCUUUGAGCAAGAGCGCCAAGUCCUGAAAAGCCAAAUCAUUUUGACACGUGGGUUGGAGUUAGCAGCAGAGUUUUUGAACACCUCUUUUACUAUGCGUCCCACACCCUCAUGCCUUUCCACAUCCAAUGUCUCUGGUACGAAUUCCCUUCUUCAGCGUUGAAAAUUCCAACAGGUUUUCUUUGCUUCUAUACAACAAGCUGGACACAGUAGGGAUUUUGUGUUGUUGUUUUUUUAAAGAAAGGAAUUUCCCCCCCCCCCCAGAAAGUAUUUGAUUGUGCUGUGAUUAAACCAUGCAGCAGACACGGGGGGUGGGGGGUGGAGGGGGUGGGGGGGGUUGGUCUUCACAGGCAUUACCGUUUCACCUUCAAAGGUUCUGCCUUAGCUUACAGCUUUUAAACCAGCAUUAAUACAGGCUCUGCUAUAUUUCUCCAUGGCUAGAGAGAAGUUUGCAGAUCUUGGAAAUAUAUCUUACUGUGCAAAUAUUAAUAACAUGUAAAUAUUUAAUAAAGUCAGGUAUAAUGAAGGCAUAUUCUUUCUAUUAAUCCAGUGGCUCAUGAGUGAAUCUAGGAAACACUGAGUGCAUUAACUGGUUUAAACUGGUUUAAACACCUGGGGACUUUUCUACACAAAGCAUUUAUUGCGCACUCAACAUGCCCUACUCAUCGUUGUUUAUUAUGGGUUCUUUAAACAACAUUGUGACCCUCCAGUUUUGCGUCUGUUUGUAAACAGUACUUU